UUCAUUUUUUUCCUUUUGCCAUUCGUUUUUUUCCUUCUCCCAGGAUCAAAAGGCCAAUUUUCUGUUUUCAAAUUAUUAGAUUUUGAAAGGUUUUUAAUUAUUGAAACCUCGCAAGCAAAAAUUCACGUUGAACACAAAAAAAAAAAAAAAAAUCAUUUUGAAUUGUUCUAUUAAAAGUUGUUGGGAUAAAAAAAAAAUUGGAAAUUUUGAUUCAUUUUGAGCUAAUUGGAUCGUUUGUUCAAUUGGGUUGUCGAAUUUGAGGGAGAUAAAUUGUGGGUAUCCAAGGAUUUUUGGUUCUGUGUUGUUGUUGUUGUUGGGUUGUGUUGUGCUUCGGUGAAGGUGGAUUAUUUUGUUUUAUCGUGGUGGUGAUUGAAGGGAAACGGUACCGUCUGGUUGUGCUAGCUGAAGAGAAAAUGGGGACUUGGGAUUGUGGAAACGACAGAGGAGGGAUGGACUACAGGUUUUGUGUGGCCGCUGGGGGCGAUUUGUGGGUCAGCGUUGGCGAGAUCGGUGGCGGUUUCAGCCAUGAAAGUGAGCACGAUUUGGCGCUGAUGGUUAGUGAUUUCUUAGAGAAUGGAAGUAGUGGCGCUGAGUCUUGGUGCAGCAGUGACAGCGAUUCUGGUCUCUCUGAUUUUGCUCACCUUGCCGAGAAGAUUCAGAUCUGUAAGCUAUCGGUGACUCAACAUGAGAGUGACUUGCUUUCAGUUGUUCAUUCUCUCUUACGAUCAAUGAAUGAGACCAACCUUCAAGUUAUGAAUUCUGGUCCAUGUUAUGCUAACUGUAUCAGGUUUUAUCUGGUGAAGUUGAUGAGACUUGCUGGCUAUGAUGCUGGUGUUUGUGCAUCUAAAUGGCAGGGUAGUGGCAAGGUCCCUGGAGGUGAUCAUGAAUAUAUUGAUGUGGUGGUCAACACUAAUUCUGGAAGCUCAGAGCGAUUGAUUAUUGAUAUUGAUUUCCGAAGCCACUUUGAAAUAGCUAGAGCUGUUGAUUCAUAUGAUAGGAUACUGAAUUCGCUUCCGGUUAUUUACGUGGGUUCCUUGAUCAGGCUGAAACAAUUUCUUGGAAUAAUGGAGGAAGCUACUAGAUCCUCUUUGAAACAGAAUUCUAUGCCUCUUCCUCCAUGGAGAUCUUUAGCAUAUUUGCAAGCCAAGUGGGAAUCACCCUACGAAAGAUAUACACAUUCAGAAGGCAAUAAUAUCAGCGACGGCAAUUUCUUCGAUCACAAGCAAUGCUUUGGACAUUUGAAGAGGCUGCAAUCUUGUCUUCAGUUGGGAAUGGAAGCAGAGAGAAUGUUGAAGCCUAGAAACAGUGAAAGUAACAGGAGGAUGAAGCCUGACAGGUGGAGGCACUCAUUGUUCCGGCCUAUUUGACAUUUACAGAUUUUGGCUUUGAAGUUCCCAAGAGACUGAGUGAAAAAGAUACAGAAUUUUGCGGCUUUCUUUUCCCUCUACGAAAUCUUCUCCUAGCUUCCUAAUAAGUCUGAGACAUUCACAAACGACAGACAGGUUCAUAUAGGCACCCUUUGCAGCAAUAAGCCAUUUUAUAAUGCUUCAAUUCUUUGUUUCUUUUCUCUGUGUUUGAGAUGUUACACUUGUAGAGUCUAAGUUAGGGUGCCCAGUGAGAGUCCAAGGUAUUGAGUUUUUGAACUGUAGCCGAAGCACAGUACUGGGUAUCCUGUAACAUCUGAUAAUUUAUUCCUUGCCUCUUAUAUUUUUUGGGUCUGGGAAAUUUUGGUACUACAUGUUCUCUUCCAAUCUUUCAAUAUAUUC